AGAUCGGGAAAGUAAAGGUGCUGUUGGAUAAGAACUACAUGCCUGGUGAGGCUCGGGUUCGUGUGCCCAUGACGAGGCAGUUCGGUAACUCCAUCCUCAACAUCUACAUUCCUUCUCUCAUCCUCAUGGUCAUCAGCUACCUCACCUUCUUCUUCAGAACCUCCAUCUUCGACGUGCGUGUGAUGGUCACCCUCACCGCCCUUCUUGUGCUUGCUACACUCUUCGCUCAGGCGUCAAAUUCACUGCCCAAUACAUCGUACUUCAAGAUGGUGGACAUCUGGCUCUUGUUUUGCGUGGGUGUCACCUUUCUGGUCAUCAUAUUUCAUAUCCUGAUUGAUAACCGGCUGUUCAAAGAGAAAAAGACAACCCAAGUAAAGCCUUUUGCCAUGCCAGCAUAUAGGGAGAUCCAGCUGUUGGGACUUCGAGGCCGCUGCAGUUGGUCACCAGACCUGUCGGUCGAGCAGCUGGAAUUAGUAGCCAAAGUCUUCGUCUUCUUUCUCAUGACCACAUUCAUGAUUGGAUACCUGGCUUAUAUUAUAAGCUGAGGCUCCCUUCUAAGACUCCCUUAGGACAUUGGCUGUCUAUUUUGCAAGCUUGCAAAGUUACAACACAAGUAAUAAUUAAGAGAUCUUGCAGAUGAACGACUUGUGUUUAUCACACUGAACAUACAGUAUAUCAACACACAUCGUACUAUACAAAAACAUGAUAUCAUCGCUGAUCUAUAGACACGUACGAGGUCCCAGACAGAGACAAACUUCUGUUUAUGAGCAAAAUAAAGAAUAUUCAGCGCUUGUCAAAUGGUUCAUAUUGAGAUUAAAAUUGACGCACUAAAUAUUUGGAAGUUUAACAUACAGAUAUUUUUUAUAGCAUAAUCAGAUUUAAUAUACAUCAGAAUUUUAGGAUUUGCGGGCCACUCCAUAAUUGAACUCACCAACUAUAUGGAAUAAACUAUAGCUGGAUUUUCCGACACACAAGCACAGAAGACCUUCGAUAUGACGUCUGCAACCACACACUGGCAAGUACACACACACAUUCACAGGAUGAGAGUGAGGAAGAAUGAUGUGAAAAUAAUGGAUUAACUACAAAGUGAAGAGGUUGAAAGAAAGCUUUAUAAUAAUUUACAAGGUCAGGAAAGGUCUUAUAAAUUAUUACUAGAAUUUAAUUCUUGUAACACUUUUUUUACUAAAGCUGAGAGAUGGGGGAAUUGAAAUCGA